AUGAUGCGAAGGUUUGUCAAGUCUUUUGGGCAGAUACAAUGCUUUCGUAACGUCUCUUAUAUAGGAGGUCUUUUUAACUUUAAAAUUCUUCCGGAAGAGAUGUUUCCUUACCCGUGUAGAAAGUUGGAGGGUGAGGAGGCAGAAAAUCUUCAAUCCGUGCUGGAAAGUAUUCGAACGAAUAACAAUGCACUUGGGAAUCUUUAUGGUGCAAGGAUCGCCACAGAGUAUGGUGGAUUGGGACUCGGUCACACGGCACAUGCUCUUGUCUAUGAGGAAUUAGGUAAUAGUUGUAUUGACGACUUACUGACCACCAUUCGGCACAGUGGUGUGUGUACUCAUCUCUUGGCAUCAACUGGUGCUAAAGAUUUAAAGGGAAAGUACUUAACAGCAAUGUCUGAUGGAACUAUAAAAAUGAGAUGGGCUAUUGAAGAAGAUGGAUUUGGAAGUGACCUCAGCAUGAAUACUACACAAGCUGUAAUGUGUGAUGAUGGGAGCUAUGCUUUGACAGGUCAGAAGCGGUGUGACGCUGCAGCAUCUGCCACACACUUUUUGUUGUUAGCCAAAACACUGACUCAGAAGUCUUCAGAAAAUGGUGCGACUGUUGCAACUCGGAGCUCUCUUUUUAUCUGUGAAAAAGGUGCUCCAGGCCUAAAAAUUGAAGGGGAUAACAUUAUUUUGGAAAAAACCCCUGCCUCUGACAUUGUUGGUGUUAUGGGUGAGGGAUUUAAAGAUGUAAUGAUUGCAUUGUUUACAGAAGAAUAUCUUUAUGCAGUAUCUUUGUUGGGUACAAUGAAACGCCUUGUGGAAGAAUUGCAAAGUGCAAAUACAGGGACAGGAGUUGCAGAACUUCUUCCUUCUUUUGCUUGCGCAGUUUACGCCAUGGAAUCAACUCUGUAUGCCCUGACAGCUAACAUGGAUGUACCCAGAGAAGAUAGUUUGCUGGAGUGCACCCUUGUUAGCGCCUUUGUGCAGGCCACCACAGCUCAGUGUUUACACAGGCUGGAAUUAUUGAAAUCACCCAACACGACGAUAGACAACUACUUUUGUCAAACCAAUAAACUUCUCAGCUUAAUGGAAUCGCGAGAUUUUCUUUAUGCCACAGCUGUUUGUUGCGGUGUUGAGGACUACGGUCUUUUUUUCCAGAGGGCUUCAACCUUGCAGAUGAUGCAAGCAAGAGCACUUCGUUUCAUGGGUGUACGUGAUCGUGUACCUAUAAAAAAUAUUUCAGAGGCGUCGCAAAUUGACGAGGCAGUGGUAAAGUUUGGUGAAGCUGUAGAGGCAACGUUUGUAAAAAAUGGUUCACAAGUUCCCUAUCAGCAGCUUCUUCUUAACAGGCUUGGGGAGGCUGCUUCACUACUGUACGCGGCGUCAGCCGUCGCGUCGAGAGCCUCUAUGUGUCUUACAAAGGGUCUUCCUUCAGCAAGGCUUGAGGGAAAACUGGCGACAGCUUUCAUCAAAUUUUCAGUUGAGCGAGCCACUUCCCUCAGUGAAGACUGCUGCAACAUUGGUAAGACUGCUGACACUGUUUAUAAGCGAAUUGCCCUUGAGGUUUGCGAGGACGCACUGCGGUAG